CCCAUUUCUCUACUUUCUUCCAUCGGCCGCCUCCAGGAGAGAGGUCUCCUCACAGCUACACACAGUCUCACCAAAUGGGUCGUGUCAUCAGAGCUCAGCGUAAAGGUGCGGGUUCCGUCUUCAAGGCCCACACCCACCACCGCAAGGGUCCCGCCCGUUUCCGCAGCCUCGACUUCGGUGAGCGAAAUGGCUACCUCAAGGGUGUCGUCACCGAAAUCAUCCACGACCCGGGCCGUGGCGCACCCUUAGCCCGCGUCGUCUUCCGUCACCCGUUCCGUUACAAGAAGCAGAAGGAACUGUUCGUCGCUUCCGAGGGCAUGUACACUGGACAGUUCGUGUACUGUGGUAAGAAGGCUACUCUCAUGGUCGGCAAUGUGUUGCCUCUUAGAUCUAUCCCCGAAGGAGCUGUCGUUUGCAACGUCGAGCAUCAUGUUGGUGAUCGUGGGGUUUUCGCUAGGUGUUCUGGUGAUUAUGCCAUUGUUAUUAGUCACAACCCCGAUAACGACACCACCAGGAUCAAGCUUCCAUCUGGUUCCAAGAAGAUUGUUCCAAGUGGCUGUCGUGCUAUGAUUGGCCAGGUUGCAGGAGGUGGUAGGACCGAGAAACCUCUUCUAAAGGCUGGUAAUGCUUACCACAAGUUUAAGGUGAAGAGGAACUGCUGGCCUAAGGUGCGUGGUGUGGCAAUGAACCCAGUUGAGCAUCCUCACGGUGGUGGUAACCAUCAACACAUUGGUCAUGCUAGUACUGUUAGGCGUGAUGCUCCACCUGGGCAGAAGGUUGGUCUUAUUGCUGCAAGGAGGACUGGUAGGCUCAGAGGACAAGCUGCUGCUACUGCUGCCAAGGCUGAUAAGGCUUAGGCUUAGGAUAUUACUUGUUGUUAGUUCUUUUGCCCUUUAUAUUUACAUUCAAGAGUAUUCAGCACAUUUAUGCUACAAAUUUUGUUUGAAUUAUCAGAUAAUGGUACUGUUUGGAGUUGUUUGAGGGAUGGUUAUGUUUUCAAUUUGGAUUUUUACUCAAGUGUUUGAUGUCAAUGUUUAUGAUC